AUGUAUCAUCAAUAUCAUAAUGUCGUACGUGAAAAUUACAUCACGCUUGCUGCACAUUUUACAGCCGAUCAACUGUACAAAGCGCAUCGAUUGCAGGUUAACGAAUUGCUCGGUGUACCUGUCAUACAGUCAAUUAUUGAUGGUUUGGAUUUCAAGCGGACAGCUCUUAAUUCUUCUAUAGUACGUGAUAUAACGAAUCUCCUCGACGCACAGUUUGCAAAAUAUUUCAAUUUGUUGACUGAAACAAAGAAAUACAUUUCAAGCAGUUCGCAACCAGAUUGGACCACUUUUCGCGACUACAGAUCAAUGACGGAAUGUGAGCAGAUUAUGCCGGGAUAUUUGGGCUAUGAAGAACAAUUUGGUACACGCGUAAACAUGACCAGUGCAUGCUUGAUAUCAGCCAAACAGCCAUCAAGAUUCUUAUAUUACGCUGAAAAAAAUCUCACAUCAGUUUUGCAAGCGAACGCACUUGAUAGUGCAGUUCGGUGGCAAUAUAUUAUUGGUACCAGUGGACCACAUGUCGAAUAUCCGGCACAUGCCUUCCCGGUUCAUAAACGAAGACACUGGGGUCCAUUUCUUGCCACAGCUUUGCCUCAGAAGCGACGUGUUAUAAUUCUUAUCGAUGCAGGAACACUACUUUCUGACGUACAUCUGGCUAAAGCAAAGAGUGUUGCUAAAAUCCUUCUUGACAGUGCUGUUCCUGGAGAUAGGUACAUGGUAAUGGUAUCAAAUGGAACAAAUAAUACUAAAGCUUGCAAAAAUCAAAAUUUCUUGGGUGUAACGAGUGAACAGAUUGCCGUAAUGACAGCAUUUAUAGAAGCAUUUGAACGAGGUAAUCAGAAAGCAUAUUCACAUACUAGUGCUAUUCAGAUGGCCUGCAGAUUAUUUGUUGAAGAAGAAGCACUUGACCGAGAAGAUGAUAGAAAUGAAUUCCAUCAUAAUAUUCUGUUUUACAUCAGCCGAGGUGUAAUGUCAGAAUUAGGUGAAGCAGCUUCGGUUUUAAAUGCAGUGGCGGAAAUUGUUCUAAAAGCGAAUGUUCGCAUAAAAAUUAACACUGUGGCAUUGAGCGAUAUUAUAGAUGAUGGAAAGCCACUUUUUUGGUCGUACGAAUUUUUGAAAAAUAUAGCGGAAAUGAAUUUAACGAAAUACCAGCAAUCACUUGGCGAAAAGUUGAAGGCAGCCUUGAACAAAACGAUAAUACCAGGAAAAAUGAUUUCAACUGGAACUGAUGAGCAUGCAACGCUUACACUAUUCCGAAUGUUUGAACUUCUUUCUAUUGAUAAUAAUGAUGAACUGCUUGCUUAUUCAUCAGACAAGGGAUUGUUCUGGUCGUAUCCUUUUAGUGAACAUCAGGCAACUCUAGUUUCUCUUUCCACCAGCUUCCGGAAGGAUAACAAAUUGGCAGCCGUGAUUGGCAUGGAUUUGAACUUGGAUGUAAUUGCUGAUGUUAUCAAAUACAAUGAUUUAGUAGUUAUGGCACCAGCGAAGACUAGAUUGCGGAUUUUUCUUUGUGAUUUACAGGGUCGGGUCAUUAUUGCUUCUCACAUGCGUAAAACAUCACCAUGGCCCUUGCAUAUCGGAACAUUAGAAGCUUGGUCAGAAAAAGAUCUAUGGCUUAGUGAGCAUUUCUCAGUUAAUGAAAUAAGCGAAGGAUCAUUCGAAAUCGUAAAGAAAGAAGUGAUGGAAAAAACAAAAUUAAAGUACACGUGGAUACGGCUAAAGAAUGCACCAUUUGUUGUUGUUAUGGCAAUGAAAGUUAGCAAAAUGGAGGCCAAAAUUCCAAUGCUUUUAAAGAAUUCAAGACGGGAAUAUGUACUGGAUAAUCUUGUCUAUCAUCGCCUCGAUAUUCAGAGAGAUUCAUCGCUUUUCUAUUGCUCUCACUUUGGGUAUCUCUCUACUAUGAAAUUAGGUGGUGUUUAUCUGAGCCCAAGUUGUUUCACUGUUUCUUCCCUGCAGCGUCCACCAUCUCCACAGUGGAUUGCAAAUUAUUGGGUAUAUUUAGGUGACCCUUUCGGUUUAAUUCGAAAUACCGGUAUUCGGUUGAGUGUUCGUGAACAUGUUAGUGCACUGUCCGGUAUUAUACCGUACUGGCGUGAUAAAGCAGCUAGUGAUUCACAUGAAUUUGUCUUGCGACGUUAUAUAGCCACUUCACGAGGUGUUAUGGUCACUUAUCCGGCAACAGUGAUUCGUGACAGUUAUGAGCCUGACUUGCAACUGUGGUAUGUACGUGCUAGCGAAUUUCCUGGAAGAAUCGUUGUGACAGGGCCAUUCUUGGAAGAUAGUGUAGGACAAGUUGUAACGAUUUCGACUGCUGUUUUUGAAGGUCAAGCUGGAAGUAUGCAUAAUUCCAAAGAUCAAGUUUUUGCUGUUGUUGCGAUGGAUGUAACUGCGGGGUUCUUCUCGAAAUUGCUGCGAAGCGCGAUUAGUGUUUGUAAAGAGUCACGGCGUUGUGUUUUAUUCGAUGACAUGGGCAAUGUAAUUUCACGUGGGAUAGAAACGAGUGUCUCCAAUAAAGGAACUCGGUCCUAUGGGAGAAGCGUUUCGUGGAAUGCCGUCGAACGUUUCCAUAUCAGUUAUCUAGAGCCUCAACUUGCAACAUAUUUAAUCACGAAAACAGAAUUUGUUCAAAAAAGGCAGUGUAUGCAAUGGGCCACUCGUUCAGUUGAACGUUUUUUUCGAUUCAAUAUUUCGUAUUCAGAUGCUUUGACCAUUCCAUGUGAUGAUGGCAGCUCAGUAUCUGGUAUGAAAUUGGGAAGUAUUCGUGCAGAAGUGAUCCCGGUGCCACAAACAAACUUGUUUCUUGCUCUUAUAAAUGAAAGUUGUAACCCACAGCAUCCCAUCCAGGCCUUUUGUCCAUGUUCAGUUAGUGAUCGUCGUUGUCUCCUUUGCACACGUUUCGAUAAUGCAGAAUGUGAAUGCCCAUGUCAAUGUCCGUUAAACUGUAAUGCACAAUGCGCAGUCAGUUCAUCAAACGUUUCGCUUUAUCAGAAAGCUUCUUUUCUACCAAAUUUGGAUUGUUCAGAUUUAGAGGAAUGUCCAGUAAUGGCCACGAUUAUUCCAUUCAGUGCUAGGCCAUUACAGAAAACUGUACUGUCAGAAUGUAUCAGCAUCAAAUGUGAAAAUUAUAAAACGGUUGAUGAUUGUCUGGGUAUACUGGGAUGUCAGUGGUGUACAUUUGAUAGCGACGGGCAAACACUUCUUCUGAGUCCUUCUUGCGUUUCCACUGACCAAUGUUUCGGUGGUACAAAAGGAAGACGCAUUCGAGGUUUUUUGAAAAGUGAGUCGCAAUUAGCUUCAGAGUGGCGAGUUGGUGCACCAGUUGGACCAGUUGCUGCUGGAAUAAUGAGUGUUUUCUUAAUUAUGGUUAUGGCUGUGUAUUGUUAUCGAAAUCAGGUUAAUCGUUUGGUGGGAGCGAAUUCGCUCAUGGAUUCAUAUGGUGCACCACUAUGUGGGAGAAAUUUUGAAGAUGACGAUUUUCAACUUGACCAUGAUACUCCCGAAUCCAUGAAAGUUUCAGAAAAAAUAGUUACUUUGGUUCAACUAACGUCAUUUGAAAGAAUGUCCAACCCAUUGACAGCGGUUCGUCCACAGUACCGAGUUUCUCCACGGACUGAAUCAAGUGACCAGGGUUAUUCUACAAUGACUGACCGCAUGCAAGGCGAUGAAAGUGAAUGCGCCACGAGCAAUGUUAAUAUUUCGCGAGAGACGGGAAAAGCGAUGUUAACAACAAUGGAUACAAAUGAGGAUGGUUGUUCAAUUAUUGUGACCACAGAAGCCGAUGUACAUCAGACACCGCGGAUUUUGCUUAUGUCUUCGUAG